AUGGCUGGAUGUGCGGGUGCAGUGAGGGCAGUUGAGAUGGGUGCGGUGAGUGCAUGUUGGUGCUCCAGGCACUGGUUCGCCAGUCUCUAUGCGAUGGAUUCACAAGUGACCGACCAGGCCGAUGUGUGGGUGAAGGUGCGAUCGCAAUGAAGAGGGUUAUGAAACAAGUCCACAUCGCUCGUGGUGGCGGUGGUGAGGUUAAUGUUUGCCAGUGUUUCAGGAUUGGGCGCAGUGGUGGUGGGUGUAGAGGCCGUCGCAGCGCAUGCUGAAGCGACGAAUGAGGAUGACAGUAGGGGUUCAGGAGUGCGGAAACCGUUGAUUGUCGACGUGGAAAGCGAGGCAGAUGUGGACGGGGGGAUAUCGGGUGGUGUCAUUCAUCCGAAGAAGUCCAAGAAGACCGAUCGAUGACCAGAACGUCCGCUGACAUCGUGAGCAGGUCAAGGGCAGUUAAGCGUUAGCGUUGCGAGGCGAGGGCAGUUGAGAUUUACGAGCUUCGCUUUUGGCUUUGGCGACGGUGAUGUGGUUGGCUUCGUAGAUCGCUGCGCCUGCCCUCACUGCUCUCCGCCAGGUUAGUCGAUUCCAGGACGAGGAGUUCCCAGUUGGCCGGGUUGGUUUGCCGGCGCCUCAGGGGAGUCUUUAGGAUAUACUUGUAGCGCCGGACUGGCCUCCUUGUCGGUGGGAGCCCGUGGCCACGUCUCCAUAGAAGAGUCGUUUGCGUAACCGCUCGUCGGCCAUGCGCACAAGAUGGCCGCUCCAACGCAGUUCCAGAUGUCUCAGCAUGGCGUAUGUAAUGAGGAUUCCCGUCCGUUCCGGUACAGCCGUGUGCGGGAUCCGGUCCGGGGAAGUGGGAGGGAAAAAGUAUUGUUUCCUGUUUGAUUGUUUCGACCGUGUGUUUAGCGUCUGCGAACCACGGUCGGCGCGCUGAGGACUUGAUCCAAGCAUCUGUUUAGGACCCAUUUUCUAGCCCCUCCCCCCUCGCGCGGGUAAGCAAUGAUCUCCCUAAGUAGGGCUGUUCGGUCAUCCCAGACGGCUGCCGAACUUCACAAUGGGCCACGAAUUUUAUGUUUAUUGGCAGAAAGACCCGAGUUGGCCUGGGCCACCUACGUGAUCACUGUCGCUAUCGCCGGGGGUCUUUUGAGCGGGGGGAAAGGUAGGGAGACGGGAAGCAGAGUUUCACCUCCCUCUCUAAGUUACCUGAUUGCCGCUAUAUAAACGGUAAGAAAACACAUUCCACAGAACGAUAUUUAGCUUGCAACAAGGACAAACGAGGUGAAAGGGUGAACGUCAGAUUCUGGCUUGGCAGAAGGCACAUAACAUGCUUUAGCCUCCACCUCAGUGAGACGGCUUUGGCGAGGCCGUAAACACCCUGCCGUCACCUGAGUCAUCGAGGUGUAGGCGUUCAUCCCAGGAAGGAUAGAAGUCACUCAGUCGAUUGCGGCCUUAGUUACCCGCCCAGUCCUUCCAAAGAUAGAAAACGUGGCCCGACUGCAGACAAAGCGCGGCAUGUUAAAAAGGCUCUGGCAGACGAACUGCGUGCACGCACCAAAACUUAAUGUACAUGGGCGAUUUGGUCAUCUUGACAAAGGCCUGUCCGUUAACCAGGCUGCUAGCCCUGCACUGUUUAUAGCGUGGAUCGGUGGAGGGUGGGAGAGGCCGUGCACUUCGCUGUCUGCUCCUGGCGUAGAGAUGCGUUCGCUGGCCUACCGGAACGGGGACAGACAAAAGCACGCACGUGACAGCGGAGUUAAGUGUAGUGAACCGUGGACCAGAAACAACACAAUUACUGGGGUUUAGUUGAUCAUAAGUGAAACGUUCGUCUGUAGGUCAUCCGGACGGUGGAAGUAAAAUGCAAAAAAUGCGAUGUGUUGCGGAAUCAACAAUUCGCCCACUUUUAUAGGCACCAUGCUACCUGUGUGGUCACUCUCAGGUCACCCCUAGGCAAAUUAGGCGAAGACCUCGUUGAGGUAGCCGGGCAGGACAUGAGUAUAACAUGGAGUGAUUCCUUUCUUUUUAAAUUACACACGUUUGCGUACUUCAGGACUGUUUACUUGAGUAGCAAUUUGUUGUUGUCGUUGUUGUUGUUGCUGUAACAGUUGGCUAUAGGACGGCUCGAAAACAGGAAUAAAAUAGUUAGACUUGAUGGCAGUUUCACUCGAAACGUUUUCAUAGAGAAAACGGUCCCAGUUAUUUUGCUGCUUUAAUAUCAAGCCCGGCCAGUGCCAUCAGAUAAUUUGCCCUUCGAUUCGGACAAAGCGCCAUGGUUUGCGAGUAUUCGAAAAACCACGUCUAGUAACCUUUGCUUUCACAUAGGGUAUAGCUUCUUUGUUGGGGAGGGUCACAUGAAUUACCCUUCCUGAUAGGAACCACGACAUGAAAUCGUUCGUCAGUCAAGCAAUGAGGUAUGCCCAGAGAGCGAGAUUUGCCAUGUUCUACGGCGAGCCACCAGACGUUCUUUUUAGGUUGCUCCCUACUUUUUCCACAUCACGAUUAGCACGCAAAUAGUGAGGAGAAAUAAAUAAUUUGCCGUGCCACAGUAAUUCGUGAACGGUGCACGUUUUCAAGCAUUUUGAGAAACAUUCGGUAAUAACUUACGAUCGAUUAGAUUCCUCCCAAAAGUCUGGAAACGACCUCACAGAGCGUCAUAGGACACGCGGUAAGUUAUACGCAGCACGUAGGCGGCGUCUAAAGCCUCGCAGGGGACCUCAAGCAACGAGCAAGCCGAACGGCUGACCAACAUUAUAGUCACCGCCGCCACCACCGCCGCCGCUGACAAGAACGCCUCCGUGGAGAACCGAUUAUGUCAGCUGAGGGACACGAUCCAGUCAGCCGACCUGACUUUCCUCGAUCACGCUCGUCGCUCGCACCAGGACUGGUUCGAUGACAACGACGCCGCCAUCAGCAACCUGCUGGCCGAGAGGAACCUCCUGCACAAAGCCUACGCGGACCGACCCACCGACGACAACAAAGCAGCCUUCUACCGUAGUCGCCGCCCUGUGAGACAGCGGCUGCGGGAGAUGCAGGACGCUUGGACCGCUCACAAGGCCGAGGAGAUCCAAGGUUACGCAGAUCUCAACGAAUGGGAGAAUUUCUUCUCCGCGAUCAAGGCUGUCUACGGUCCGCCAGCCAAAGCAACUGCUCCCCUUUUCGGAGCCGACGGAAGUACCCUAUUCACCGAGAAGACACAAAUUCUGCAGCGGUGGGCUGAGCACUUCAGAGGCGUCUUCAACUACCCCUCCAUCAUCUCCGACGCCGCUAUUGCCCGUCUGCCGCAAGUGGAGACUGACGUUGACCUCGACCUCCCGUCCUCUCUCCACGAAACCAUCAGGGUCGCGUAG